AUCUCUCUGUCUCUCUGUCCCCCAUCCCUCCAAUCUCUCUCUCUCUCUCUCUAUAUAUAUAUGUCUGAAUAUAUAUAUAUAUUAUGCAUACACUGAUAUGAACACAAUCACAUACAGGGGAGAUAAAGAAGAAUGAUUCUGGAAGUGGGUCUCAAUGAAGUCUCCCAUUUGUUGAAUGCUUCUUGAAGAAAAAAUUAUUCUCAUAUAAAAAAUUUGCAGAACUUCAUCAGCUUCUCUUUUCUGGAUUGGUAUAUGCUUAUCCAUUCCCCGCAAGCUUUGGAGGCCGGGAGAAAUGGAGGGCGCUAGAAGCCACGUUAGUGAUCAGUACUCAAAGAUCAAGAAAGGUUCUUGGUUCGACCAGUUCUGCUAUGGCUCCAAUCCUUGGAUGGCUAGAUAUGUUUAUGGCUUAAUGUUUCUUGUCGCGAAUUUGCUAGCGUGGGCUGUUCGUGACUAUGGCUCUAGUGUUUUGAAAGAAAUGAAGAGGCUAAAAGAGUGUAACGGUGGAGAAGACUGUUUAGGCGCAGAAGGAGUUCUGAGAGUGAGCUUGGGCUGUUCUAUGUUCUAUUUGGCGAUGUUUCUAUCGACAGCAGGCACUUCAAAGUUGAAUGAUAGUCGAGAAAAGUGGCACUCUGGGUGGUGGUCUUCGAAGAUCCUGAUGAUGAUUGCGUUAAUUUUAUUGCCAUUUCUUCUUCCUACCGAGAUCAUUUCAAUCUACGGCCAAGUUGCACAUUUUGGAGCUGGGGUGUUUUUACUGAUUCAGCUGGUUAGCAUAAUCUGUUUCAUCACAUGGCUAAACGAUUGGUGCCACUCUGAGAAAUUUGCUGCUAGAUGCCACAUUCAUGUGAUGUUGCUGGCAACAACCGCGUAUAUUUUGUGUAUACUCGGGAUCAUCUUGAUGUACAUUUGGUAUACGCCACAAACGUCUUGCCUGCUCAACAUCUUCUUCAUCUCUUGGACGCUCGUUCUCCUCCAGAUCAUGACCAGUGUUUCUCUCCAUCCUCGAGUGAAUGCUGGCUUUCUGACCCCCGGUUUCAUGGGACUUUAUGUUGUGUUCCUCUGCUGGUCUGCCAUCAGAAGUGAGCCACCAGAAGCAAAAUGCAUACGAAAGUCGGGAGCUGCAACGUCUAAAGGAGAUGUGUUCACCAUCAUAAGCUUUGCUGUGGCAGUUCUUGCAAUCGUGAUCGCGACAUUUUCAACGGGCAUUGAUUCAAAAUGCUUUCAGUUCAGGAAGGACGAUGAGGAACGGGAAGAGGAUGUUCCGUAUGGAUAUGGAUUCUUUCACUUUGUUUUCGCAACGGGAGGGAUGUAUUUCGCAAUGCUACUAAUCGGCUGGAAUACCAACCACUCCAUGAAAAAGUUUACUAUUGAUAUUGGGUGGACAAGUACUUGGGUGAGGAUUGUGAAUGAGUGGGUGGCUACUUGUGUUUAUGUAUGGAUGCUUAUAGCACCAAUCAUAUGGAAAGCGACGCAGGCGGGUGAUGAUUUGCCAGUGUGAUUGGUUUUCGAGAUCGUUACAUAAACAAACGACACGAUUCAAGAUUAUUUUUGCAACAGACAAUUGUGUUGCAGAAGGCCAGAAGUGAUCUAAUUCAUUUGAUUUUUUGGAGAGAAUCUUGAAGCUCUUGGAUAUGACCAAAUUCUUUAUCCUGUAGCCUGCGAAUACAUCUUGAUACCUGUAAAUGCGCCACAGAAACGACAUAACAGACUGACUCAUUAUGCCAUGUUCUUUCUUACACUAAAGCUAGGGAAAAAAAAAGGUUAAAAAUCAAUUUAUCAGAUUACUUAUUUGAUUCUUGUAACAUUUAGCAAUUCAUUAGGUCUGAUUCUGUGAUGUACUUGAAUGGAUGUAAGAAGCAUUUUUUGAGAUGAUAAUAUACUGUCUAGGAAUAAAUUAUAGGGAGCUUUUAUGACGCUACUA